AUGGGGGUACAAAGAGGGGAGCGGCCUCACAGGAGAGGCUGCGGGGCUGGGCGGGCCGGUGCCGGGUCGCGAGCUCCGGCGCCCCCCAUCGCACCCACAGACCAGCUCCAGGCAGAGCCCGGGGCGGUGGUGGCGGCAGCGGCGGGGUGCGGGCCGAGGGAGUCGGGCCCCCCCUCACUUCCCAUACCCCAGGAGGUGUACCUAGUCCAGGAGGGGCUGCGGGACCCCAUGGAGGCGGGAAAGGCCAGGUCGCCGGUGAGGAGCCCCGACCGGGAGCCAGAGUCGCACCGCGGGGGCGGCGGCAGGUCGGGCCCAGCUGCGGGGUGGCGGCGUGGGCUGACUGGGCGACCAGGCUGGGGCUGGGGUGGCCGCGGCUCUCGGGCUGCAGCCGUCGCCUACUCGUCGGGCAGAGACGACGGCCGGCUGCGUGGGCCACCGAAAGUAGUGGUCCGUGGAGGUGCGAACCGCUGCUGGAACCUCAGCGCCGACACCAGCCGAUUAACAGACGUCCUCAACGGCGUGAUGUUGACUGGCUCCACUGCCUUCUACGAUUGCCGCAAACCUCAGGUCCACCCUUUGACCUGCUCCUCCAAUUUAAAGGCAGUUUGGCCAAUGAAUACAAACAGAUUUGCAGAUCACCAUGACCUCUUAACAGAAACCAAAAGGCCAGUAGAUACAGCCAUCGCUCAGCAAGCUUUUUAUAGUGGUGAAUCUGUGUCAGCAGUGGAAAAGCAAUACCUGCAUAAUAGUAAUCUCACACCACAACAAAAAAUAGAUGAACUUUAUCAUGGAUUUACUGGUUUAGACCUUGAAGAACAAUGGAUAUACCCCUCACGAAGUGAUCAUCCUAACUGUUACAAUAUUCAGACAAAUAAUACAGCUAAGACAACAUUUCAAGAAUAUUCAUUUACCAAAAGCUGUUUUAUUCCACAGACUGGUCUGUCUGACAUCAUGAAAGGAUCAGGAGUUGAUACUUACCCUUAUGGAAGAGAGAAAAUAUGUGCUAAAGGUCUUGAAGCACCAUUACAGCAAAAAAGGGCAGAGAUGUUUCUUUCCCAAUUUAAUAGAUACAAUGAAAAUGCAGAUUAUUGUAGAUACCCAGAAUAUGCUCAUCUUAGUAAGGCUAAGCUGAAUAAGUGUUCAAAUUUUAGUGUCCAAGACAGUAAAAAAUUAGUCAGUGGCACAUCUGAAACAGCAACUGUAGAAGCAGACACUUACACAAAGUUAUUUCAGGUUAAACCAGCAAAUCAGAAAAAAAUGGAGGAGACAAUUGACCAGCAGAAUUUCACAUUUCCAAAAACUACACCACUUCUGACAGAAAAACAGUUUGCAAAGGAAGCAGCAUUCACUGCUGAUUUUGGCUUAAAACCAGUAUAUGGACUAAAACCUCACACAGCUUGUCCAGCUAAUAAUGAUUUCGCUAAUAUCACAGAAAAGCAACAGUUUACUAAACCUGACCCCCCAAAUUCUGAUUAUUUUAAAUCAGUGAAUUUAUUAUCAAAGUCAGCCCCAUCUUCAGGUGGUAUUAACUUAAACAGACCAACUUGGAUGAAUGUACAAACAAAAAACACUCCUAUUCCUUAUCGAAAUCAAGGGAACUUAAUAAAAUUAAAUAGCCAUUUAAAUGCAGUUUCAAAAGGUUCUAACCAUUCUAAAGAUUUCCCCCAACUAUCAUCUACAAAUUUAACCCCAAAUAGCAAUUUAUUUCAGAAGUAUUGCCAAGAAAACCUUUCAGCAUUUUCUGGUUUUGAUUUUGGUUACAAUGGUGCAGAAAGAAUUCAACCUGUGGAUCACAUGGAAGCACUGACAAAGACUGGAGAAGAAAAUCUCUUUGAAUCGGUUACUGAUAAAAAAAUAAAGCAGCCAAAUGGAUUUUGUGAUAACUAUUCAGUUCAGCAGUAUGGAAUCACUGAAAAUGUAAAACAUAAUUUUCAAGCUAAGCCCCAGAAUGGACGUUAUGAUCCUGAGGAAGGUCCAAAGCAUUUAGAUGGCUUAUCUCAAACUACAUAUCAAGAUCUGUUGGAGUCACAGGGUCAUUUUAAUAGCCACAGACAGGGAAGUGGAGACAACAAUAUUAAUAGCCAUGUGAAUCGUGCACAGACGUCAUGUUUUUCUAAUAAUUAUAUGAUGGGAGAUUUAAGAUAUAAUCAGAGUUUUCAACAACUUGGUUCAAAUGGAUUCCCCCAAAGAUCUGCCCACCCAUUUGGACAUUCAGUUGUUCCACUGAAGGAGUCCUAUGAUUUGCUUUCUUAUGAUGACUUAAACCGUUUAUACCCUUAUUUUAAUGAUAUGAUGUAUGGUGAUAAUUCCUUCUCUGGUUUCAUGCCAACUUUUGGAUUUCAAAGACCAAUUAAGACCCGUAGUGGACCAGCCAGUGAGCUUCAUACUCGUCUAGAAGAGUGCUAUGAACAAUGGAGGGCAUUAGAAAAGGAGAGAAAAAAGACUGAAUUGGCCCUUGCCAAGAAUUACCCAGGAAAAAAAGUAUCCAGUACUAACAAUACUCCAGUUCCACGGCUGACCUCUAACCCUUCUAGAGUUGAUCGCUUAAUUGUGGAUGAACUUCGAGAACAAGCCAGAGUUGUGACUUUACUAGGCAAAAUGGAACGUCUUCGAAGCUCUCCCCUUCAUGCCAAUAUCUCUACUGCUCUUGAUAGACACUUGGAGUCCAUUCACAUUGUACAGUCACGUAGAAAGGAUGAAAUCGUUAAUACUUCAAAUCGACAAAGGCAAGGAGUUCCUAGAUGCCAAGAUGACAGAGACGUUUUUGCCCUCGCUUCAGCAAUUAAAGAGAUGUGUGUGGCUACUCGGAAAGCACGCACUACCCUGUGGUGUGCUCUGCAGAUGACCUUGCCCAAAACAGCCAGUACAGCUGGCCAAACAGAUGUGGAAAAGGCUUUACAAGAUACAGCAAACUGUGAAGAUAAAGUCCAUGAAAGCAUAAAUAGUAGCAAUCCAGUGAGCCAGAGAGGUGAAGCGAACAAACAUUAAGGAAAUGUCAGCAGAAAAAGGAAUAAAAAGCUGUUAAGUUAAUGUAUCAAGACAUGCUAAAAAAUUUUAAUGAACUUGUCAAACUUGAAAAUUUCAGUACAUUACUUUUCUUUCAGAUUUAAAGUUAAUACCCUAAUGAAGUCUAACUUCUAUUUAAAAAAUCUUCUGUUUGGAAUGAAUCAGAUAUAGUUUAAAGUGAACUCAAAGGUAAUGUUGACUACUCUAGGAGUUCCGAGUAGUCAGAUAAAAAGUUUAAGUUGAAUAUUUCCUAACAGCUAAAAUAUUCCUUAAGUUCAUUCUGCAGUACAGGUAAA